AUGGAACCGGACGCCGAUGAGGUGGUGUUCGAUGCCCCGGGUUACUUCUGUAUGUACAAGAGCGGCAAGGUAGAUCGUGUCAGCCAACCGGUUGUGGCCGCGGGCGUCGACGAUACAAGCGGCGUCUCCUCUAAGGACAUCGUCCUCGACGCCGACACCGGCCUCUCCGUGCGCCUCUUCCUUCCCAAGCGCCAAGGACCUUCCGGCAAGAAGCUGCCCGUCCUCGUAUACUUCCACGGCGGCGGGUUCCUCAUUGGGUCCGCGAAGUUCGCCGUGUACCACAACUACCUCACCUCCCUUGCGUCCGCGGGCGGCGUCCUCGCAGUGUCCGUCGACUACCGCCUGGCGCCCGAGCACCAGCUCCCCGCGGCCUACAACGACUGCUGGGCCGCGCUCCAGUGGGCGGCGUCCGCGCAGGACGACUGGAUCGCCGAGCACGGCGACGCGGGCCGCGUCUUCGUCGCUGGCGACAGCGCGGGCGGCAACAUCGUCCACAACGUGCUGAUGAAGGCGUCGUCGUCUGCGGACAACGGCGGCGCGCCGAGGAUCGAGGGCGCGGUCUUUCUCCACGCCUUCUUCGGCGGCAGCACGGCUAUCGAUGGGGAGCCGGAGCGCGCGGUCGAGAUAGCGGAGAAGGUGUGGACGUUCGCGUGCCGCGACGCGGCCGACGGCGCGGACGAUCCCUGGAUCAACCCGACCGCGCCGGGCGCGCCCGCGCUGGAGCGCCUCGGGUGCGAGCGGGUGCUGGUGUGCGCCGCGGAGAAGGACUGGCUGGCGGGGAGGGACCGUGCGUACUACGAGGCCCUGGCGGCCAGCGCGUGGCCCGGGAGCGCGGAGUGGCUCGAGUCCAGCGGCGAGGAGCACGUCUUCUUCCUGAUGAAGCCCGAGUGCGGCAACGCCAAGCGGUUGAUGGACCGCGUGGUGGCCUUCAUUGCCGGGGCCUGA